GGAAAAGGUAAAGUCAGGUUUAGUGACUCGGUAACGUUGCUUGGGGAAGAAGGGGGAUCAAUGCUCCUGUUCGUCGGAAGCCACCACCACCGUUAACCCAAGUGUCUUUCUCUCUCGAACAAUACUCAUCAUCUUAUAUUCUUUCAUAUCUUUUGUGAUAUAUAGUUCUUGCAUUAAUUUACAAGAACAUACCAAACAACGCCGUCCAUUUCACCUCUUAUCUAUCUCCUACUACGAACCAGUCUGGACUAUUUCUUUCACAUCUCUUAAUGCCAUCAAGGAAGAAUCGCAAUGCAACUCGUCCAUCAGCCCAUCCUCCUGCUAAUUACUCUCCCGCUCUCCUUCCCGUUGACUCGAAUUCCCCGCCUUGGUCAACGGAACAGUCCCCCCUCCUCGAGCCAGACAGACCUCCAGAAUCUCCUAUCAUUCAAAUCCAUCUCGAACUUCCCCCAGUGGUAGCAUUAGAAGACGAAAGUUCACCCAUCAAACAUGAGGGUGGUCUUCUUCUGGCAACCCCCGAGUCUCGUCCCUCGCCUGUGCGCUCAGAGGUUAAGCUUCCUCAAACGGAAGUCGACUUUACGUCCAUGCCAGGAGCGCUGGGCCACACGCGAUCUCCUGUGCUUUCCCGCGAGCCAACAAUGCUUGAGACUUUCUCUCGCACUGUGCGCAACUAUGUGCCGACUUCCAUUCCUGUUCCUACAUCUGCCCCCUCACCGCCACGAGUAUCGAAACCCGUUUCUUUUGGUAGCUUCAUGGCGCCUCCUGGUGCUUCAAGUCUGUCUCCACCAGGUCCUACGAUACCAAUUGUUGCCCAAACUACCAGCAAUCCUCUUGCUACUGGUCUGAUUGGAAAUCAGCAGACCUGGAGAAUGAGAACAGGCGCCCAACUUGACUCAGCAGACGUCGACGAACCUGCUAUCUUCGGUUCUGACGAUGAGGACGGCGGCACUUCGUUUUCGGGAGAUCAGCCCCUGGCGACUUAUCCUACGGCUGCAGAAGGCGACUCUAUCACAUGGUCCCGCUGGGACACCCUCAUUGAGAACGGUUCAAGACCUCGGCGUAUACUGUUACUUGGCUACACCACUGGUCUUCAGAUUUGGGACUGCACAAUCCUGGGAUCAGUAUCCGAGAUUUUGAAUCUCACUGAUUAUCCCUUCGGGUCCGUGACCUUUGCUAGUGUGCUUGCAACUCCGCACCCCUCUACGGCGUGUGACUCCGACAGUUCUAGGCCCUUGAUUGGUGUAGUCUCUAGGUCGAAAGACCAGUCGACGAUGUCUAUUUAUUCAUUGCGGGCUCACAAGGUCAUCAAGCAUCUUCCGUUUGCUAAUGUGGCAACCUUUUCUUCAAGCGUACACUUCAUUGUUAUUAGUACUACAAAUCCACCAACUCUGCACAUUCUUUCUUCAGCAUGCUUUACAGAGCUACAUACUAUUUCUUCGCUUGCCAUUCUUCCUUCUUACACAACAAUUCCAUAUAAAACCAAUACCAACAACAUUGUAUCAUUAACAGCGAUAGACUCCAUCAACACCAACCACGCUUCUCCUGAUUACCCGGUCCCUAUAUAUGCCCUUUCUCAUCGCAUCUUGGCAUAUGCCUCCCCAGCUCCUAGAGCAGACUCUCAUGUUGGAGCCAUUUCUCAACCUCGCACGCGCCUCCACUCCCCGUCAAGCACCCUUGGAAUAUCUCAUGCGGCUGCGCUCAAGGUCGGGGGAACUGUCCUCAGCGGGGUGAAGUCUCUUGGCGGAAUGGCGUAUUCCGCUGCUGCGGAGUAUGCGAAAUCUCGCGCGGGCGCGGGAGGAGAUCAAUCACGCACUCAAGGGCAGUCAUCAGUCAUGAGUGGCGUUAGCAACCUCUUCUUUUCACGGAGUGCCCCUGCUGCGAGUAGCGGCCAUGCGGACCCAGGCGAAGUUACGUCUCCGUCAUCGGCGCUGUUUCCAAAUCCCCCAGACCGACAAGAGGAGGCGGUUUCUUCAACGCAAUCGUCGGGUUAUCACAUUACAGUACUAGAUCUAGCUUCCCUCUUGGCCGAAGACAGUCCGUCCGUACGCAUUAUUUCCGAAUUCAUCGCAUUCAAACAUCAGCCCGUCUCCUCUCUCAAGUUUACGCUUGAUGGGACAUCCUUGCUAGUAUCCCCUAGGGAUGGUCAAGCUGUUCGCACUUUCCAGAUUCGGCCUACGCCUGGUGUUUUGCUUUCCGUCGACCCCGAGAAGUAUGCUGUCGAACGUCAAACUGCGCUCGUCGGUCGACAACUCAAUGUUGAACCAACUUCACCGUGGCACAUGUACAAUCUACGACGAGGUCGGACAACUGCCGUCAUUGAUGGGAUUGAGGUUUCGCCGGAUGGGCGAUGGGUCGCUUUCGGGACCAGGAAAGCGACAGUACACGUUUUUGCUAUCAAUCCAUAUGGCGGGAAGCCCGACUUGCGAAGUCAUAUGGAGAACAGGGUUCGGAAUACAAACGAAGCCCAUGCGCCGUUGUCCGUUGAAUUGUCGUCGCUUGUGCGACUCAGAUCUGUCAAGUCGUCCGCUCAUAGCGGCGUCAGGCCGGGAAUAACCUUUACGUUCCUUCCAAGCGACACACCCCUACCUAACGGCCUCCAGCCUCCCCCUUCUGCCAUCACUUCAACUCCUAGCUCAUCUUCAAGUCGAUCGGAGCUGCCUUCCCCGCUUCGUACGCGAAAGAUUGCCAACUUUCAGGAUGUUCUUCUCUUUGAUCCCUCUGAUGGCGUGUUAUCUUUGAGGCGGGUCAUGCUUGAACAGCGCCCUCGGGACACGGGCGCAUUUUCAUACACAUUGGCCAACUUGCCAACGAGCAUGUCGCUUCCCGGAACUGGCGCCGCUGGUCGUCUCAGCACAUCGCCCCAUAAUCGCGUCGGCGUCGCAUCAGCCAAGACUUCUGGCCUAACCCAGAUGAUGUUAGAAGCUGCUAGCGAAUUGCAUGGGCGAGAUACCAUGGUAGCUACUUGGCAGCUCAGACGGCACCGAGACUGGAGCGAAGUCAAACACGUGCAGCAUUUGAGUGCAAGGUCUCCAGGACGAAUGCCUAUUGCAAACUCCCUUGCUCAUGCGGAGCUAUCUACAUGUUCUAGGUCACCGAAUUUGGUCCCUCGUCUCAUCUAUCUCGCACACCAAUUCAGCUUUUACACUCUCGGCGAAGAUUACCACGCUCUGAUUCGCCGCCACCAACUCGAUAUGACAGGGACGAAGAUGGAAGUACGCAAGGAAGUAGAAGUCAGUGCGUAUUCUGCUGGUACUGGAGAGUCAUUUGUCGAGGGAUUUUCGCCUCGUGACAUGGGACGAGCCGCAUCCUCCUUUGACGAACCGAUAGCAUCUGCUAUAUCUGCCGACAUGGCAUACCCGCGCUCAUCUCGGUCUGUGAUCCCAAUGCUCCCGAACGGGGCAGGCCAGAAUCCACGGUCGUUCAAGAACCCCAUCCCCAUCCGCGCAAUGACGUCGAACAUCGCUGAGGGCGUCGGUGAAAGCUUUGGUCGCAUCCGGAGGGAGAUCAAUCGCGUGCGUUCUCCACAACUUGUCGUGGCUCGCCCAGAGGGUCUAUCGGUGUCUGUUCCUCUUGAGUUUGACGAGCAUGAUGAGGACCUGGUGUUCCCUGGAAUGGAACGAGAUGAUGACGUUGUGGAUGACAGGGGCGGAAACGCCACUGAUCCUUCGAUCGAUACACCUCCCACCGAUGCUGAGCCGUGCGACGAAGGCACCGAGUUAUGGCAUGGUUGGACAGAGGAGGAUAAGCUCGCUGUGGACGAAGCGGAACAGUUUGACGAUGUUGUUGGGUUUUUAGACGAGGAGCAGACGCCAGCGAUCCAGGCGGAACAAAGGCGGGCGAACAGGCAACAGCUGUGGUAGUUACCGCGCGGUGCUGCGCUCUUACUGCCUCCGUUUGUAAUGUGUACUAUCUGACAUGUAACCACGCGGUACAAUGAAAUUAGUGAAACUUU